AUGGCAAAAUUAGAGGAAUUAGACGAUGCUAGCAAAUCGAUUGAUGCUAGCAUCGCCGAACGGAUUGCGGUAGAGGAACGGUGUCGAAAGGUUAAGGCGUUCCUGCGAGUACAUCAGCGAAAGGAACCGGUAGCCGCUAACCUCGAUACGUCUCUUGCUAACUCAACAUCGUUAGUGUUCGGCCGUCCAAAUGCAGCCAACAUUCGCCUGCCGAAAAUUGAGCUACCGUCGUUCGAUGGCGACGUGACAAAAUGGCUGUCCUUCAGAGAUCGAUUCUUAGCAAUGAUCGACUCUUCACCAGAGUUACCGUUGAUUGCCAAGCUGCAAUAUUUGCUAUCGGCACUCAAGGGCGAGGCAGCCUUGCCCUUCGAGCACGUGUCGCUCACGUCAGAAAAUUACUCCUCGACUUGGGCGGCGCUUCUCAAGCGGUUCGAUAACCCAAGAAGAUUAAUUCGCGAAUAUUACCGAAAGCUGCACCACCUACCGUCACUGCGCCUAGGAACUGCGAGUGAGCUGAUGCAGCUGAUCGACGAAGUCUCGCGCAACGUGAACGGACUGGUGAAAUUGGGUGAACCAGUCGAAACUUGGGACACACCGUUAUCAAAUCUCCUGUUACUCAAGCUGGAUGAUGCAUCUCUCCUCGCGUGGGAGAAGCAUUCCGUACACCACGAGAAGGAUCAAUAUCGUGUUUUACUCUCGUUUCUCGAGGAUCGCAUCCACAUCCUCAAGGCGACU